AUGGAUCCCACACUUGCUGCCCUUCCUUGCGAUCUGAUAUACAUGGUGGCAGACUACUUGGAGACUCUAGACCUGUGUAAUUUUGCAGCGACUUCCCCUCGAAACUGGGCUAUUCUCCAGGAUACCUGUCACAAAGAGGCUUUACGAGUAGCCGGUCCAACACCUGAGGAUUACGAAAAGUUCAGAGCCAACCGUGGCCAUGGCUUCUUGACUCUUAUCAAUAUGGAACGAACGAAUAUAUUUUGGAAACGUCGGAGCUUACUCAUUAAAGCAGUGUCCUAUGGUCGCUUGAAUAUUGCCCGCAGCUUUCUAGAUCAUGGCAUCGAUCCAAAUUCAUACAAUAUUCACGGCAAAAGGCUUCUUAAUUUUGCGGUGAUCUUGUACAGAUUGCCUAGAAGAGCAGUGGAAUAUACUAAUUCUGCACGACGGCCACUACCCCUUGGAGAAAAUAGCUCGGGAGCAUAUGAGAUGAUAGAACUUCUACUUUCCUAUGGUGCAGAUCCUAGUUUGUCUGAUGUUGAUGAUCCUAACACAACUCCCUUGGCUUUAGCAACUGAAUCCGGCAUGAGCCCACAUGUCUGUCUCCUCAUUAAGAAUGGAGCUUACGUGAACCAGAGAGGUGUGCUCGGAAAGAUUUGCUCAUCUUGCAACAUGCAAGCCCUACAGUGCGCUAUAGAUGCAGGAGCUAUGCUUGACACUCUCCGGUCAGAGGGAGUAAGUCUUCUGUAUCUCGCGGCUGAGAAUGAGGAUGUGGAAAUUCUCGAAUAUCUUCUCAAAGCAGGUCUUGGCAGUCAAGUCAAUGAAGUCCAUCGGGGCAGGACACCACUGAUAAGGGCGAUCGAGACCGAAAAUGAACACAAUGUCCUGUCACUGCUCGAGCAUGGUGCUGACCCCAACGCCCUACAUCCCACGACUAACCAAUCAGCACUGCAACUCGCCUGUGAAUUCAUGUUGCCAUCCACAUCAGUGAAUGCUUUAAUUCAAGCCGGUGCUGAUAUCAACCACGAAGACACUUUCGGCCUCCGAGCACUUCACGUUGCCGUUAUAAAGGGGCAAGCUGGAACAGUCCGCGCAAUUCUUGAGAGCGGUAAGCCGUUCGACAUCACUGCCCGCGACUUAGAUGGGCAUACAGCCUUGGAAUAUGCCAUGAUGCCAGUGGGUUUUAGAGAUUCGACGCGAGAAAUUAUUCAAAUGCUACUUAUUGCUGAAGCGCGUGCGCGAAUCGAGGAUGAUAGCCGCUAG